CACAUGGUUAAGAUGGCGGCUCCCAGUGCCGAGAUUCAGUUCGCUCAAAAACUGGCUGCAAAUGAGAAGAAAAUACGCAAUAAGGCCCUGAAGAAACUAAGAAAAUAUAUCCAUUCAAAGUCCGCUGCUAAACCAGGACUGACGGAAGAAGAUCUCAUCAAGCUAUGGAAGGGUCUUCAUUACUGCAUGUGGAUGCAAGACAAGCCCUUGCUACAGGAGGAGCUGGCAGUCCACAUCACAGGGCUCGUCUUCAGUUUCUCCAACACUGCAGCAGCCAUGAAGUUCUUCAAGGUGUUUCUGGUGACAGAAGCUCGAGAGUGGAACGGCAUCGACAGACAGCGGCUGGACAAGUUCAUGAUGAUGACUCGUCAGAUGCUGCAUGAGAUGUUUGUGCUGCUGAGACAGGGACAGUGGGCGGAGGAGAUGAUUGCCGAACUGGCAACAGUGUUACGUGGGACAACUCUGAACACGGCGUCAGACAACGUCCCUGACGGUUUCGCUAUGCACUUGGCUGAUAUCUAUCUGUUGGAGCUUGCCAGGGUUGGAGCCCAGCAGCUGGAUGGUCACCAGAUUCUGUCUCUCCUCACAGUGUUUGAUGACUACCUGCAGACUGGCAGAAGGCCACUGGUGUUAAAGAGAAUCAUAGGAAGUGUCUACAACAGCGUGGCAGAGCAGACAUUGGAGAGGUUGCGGAGGGAAGGAGAGAAGGAGGAGGCGGAAGAGGAUGGAGUGGAUGGGGCAAAGGACGACUCGGACUCUGGCUACGAUGAGGAUUCAGAACCCAAACUGAAAUUUGACUGCUUGCUGCUGACAGACCAUCUGUUCCACUUGGGGAGCCAGGAGAGAUGUCGGGGAACAAACAGACAGCUGUUGUACAGAACGGUCUUAAGGUUGCAAAAUGCUGCUGCAGGUGUUGUUGAGGCUGCUGAUGAGACGGAGGUAUAUGACCCAGAUGCAGAUCUAGAGGAUGCUGUGACGAGGCUGAUGAAUCUCAAUCCUAAAAAGAAGAAGAAGAGGAAACGUCAGCAAGAAGCGGCGGACGAGGUGGAUGCACAGGAUAAAAUGGACACACAGGAUGAGGUUGCAGAAGAAACAGAUGGAGAUGUCAAGAAGGGGAAGAAGAAACAGAAGCGGAAACUCCAGGAAACAGCAUCUGAGAAUAUUGCUGUGAAGAAAGUCAAGUUAACUCCAUCCACUGAUUCUGAUACAAAGAUCAGUACAGAGACCAGCAGUACUUUGGCAGAAACAGAUUCUCCAAAGAAGAAGAAGAGGAAGAAGAGAAAGAAGAAGAAGAAAGGGUCUACAGAAGUGACAGAACAAGGGGGAGAUAAGUCAGUGUCCAAGGGAGGUAACUCCCCAAAAGGUGCAAGUGGGGAUAAAGUGCAGGACGUUAAAUGUAUAAACACAAGUCCACCAAACAAAUUGACUUCUAAAAAUGAUUCCACGAAAGAAACAAGUUCAAGCAAGAAGUCGAAAAAGAAGAAGAGAUUAAAGUCAACUGAGGAGAAAACUGAAGGGAAAGAUGUUUCACCUCCAAAGAAAACGAAAACAGAACCUGAAGCAACUGGGAUCAAGGUCAAGGUGAAAGAUGGUGAGACCAAAAUUAAAGGAAAAAAGAAAAAAUCAUUUCCAUUGAAAGAAGAUGAAGUUAUUGUUAGCAAGGAGACCAAGGAAGUAAAUGCAAGUGUAAGCCAGGAGACGAAAAAUGAGAAGGAUAUCGUAACCAGGGAUACAAAGGAUGAGCCUCUGAAAGAGGGGGAGACGGAGAUAUGGGUGCCCAACAAAAAGCAUCAGGCCAAGGUCAAGGCUCAAGAGAAAAAGGUCAAGGACAAGAAAAUUAAAACGCCAAAAGGAUCGACGUUUGCAAAGUUUGAGAAGCUUUCAACCCCUCCUGCAGCCUUUGUGAAGAAAGCCAUCGCCAAGGUGAUGAAAACACCGCUUAAAAAGACAAAUGACGCCCCCAAGACCACACCGGAGAUGACAGCCAGUGAGAAGAAGGUCAAGUUUAACAUGAAGAAGAAUACCGCCCAGAAGUUUGAGGACAGCAUGACACUCAGCCCAAUUCCAGCCUUCAACCCCCGGAUGACCCCAACACAGGGCAUCCUGAAGUCUCCCGCUUCUGCCGGCCUCACAUCAGCACAGACGUCAGGCAAGAAGAAGAAGAAGAAGAAGUCAGUGGGCAGUGGCCAGAACACCCCAGUCACUAGCAGGACUGAAAGUACUCCUGCCUCAAACAAGAAGCGUCUCACACGAUCAAGGGCAGCAGAUUUCUUCUGAGGGGUAUUACCGGGAAUGUUGGACUAAAACUUGAAUAACAGCACAAAGUGUAGCGAUGUGUUUAGGCAGCUCCAAAGAUGCUGACAGUAUUGACUCAUGCCGCACCAGCCUUAGGGAAGGAAAUGCUGCAACCACAAUUACAAAUGUCGUGGUUGCCAAGGUGGUUGCUAUGGUGACAGAUGUGAUUGCCAGCCACCCUAGCAGCAGUUGUUAUGGUUACAGUAAUCCUUAGCAAGCAAUCAUUCAAUCAUAUAGCAGAUCGUGUACAGUUGUAGUAUACCUUUGAUAAACUUUGUUGAGUCAAUUAAGAAAAUACUUGUAGUAGUUCUUUUUGGGGAGAUUAAGACGUGCAGCAUUGUUUAGAAAUUUUGGGAUACAGUGGAGGGGUAAAAAGUAGGGUCACAUUCUUCACAUAUAAGGUUGUGAAGGGGCUAAGAGCAGGGUCACAUGCUUCACAUAUAGGGGUGUGGGUGGGCAUAGAUAUGAUGACCUUCACACACAGGUGUGGGAGGUCAUACUAUAGUAGAGGUCACAUUCUUCACAAAUCUUGGGGAGGGAAUAAGUGUCAACACACCCUGUAUUUAAAGAAUUAGAGAAGAGCCUGUGAACUAUAAGGAAUUACAGAUUAUGCUCAUGUGAACAAAUAGUGUACAUCCCGAGCUUGCUGUGAGCGUUAUACCCAUGGGCUUUCACUGAACACCUGCAUCAACUCCGGCUGUCUGGCCACAUCAAGCUGACACACCGUGACAUUACUGCAGUACUGUCCAAGGCCUGUUCAACUCACUCAUUCAAAACAGAGUGUUAAACACAAGUCACUCCAACUAAUUAUUGACCUGUGAAGAUUUGGGUUAGAAAUGGUCUUUAGCAACCCAUGCUUGUCAUAAGAGGCGACAAACGGGAUCUCGAGGUCAGGCUCACUGACUUGGUUAGCAUGUCAUCAUAUCCCAUAUCCCAAACAACAAACUCACAAACAAGCCCACUUGUUCUAAUGACCAGAGCUGAUGCUGGUCGGAGCACAUGGUGUUAUAAUUGUACAGUAUAUGAUUUGUAUAUAGGUCUCCAUGGUGAUGACAGCACUGCAGACAGAGUUUACCAACACUUCAUGGUGUUAUUAGUCAAUGAAACCAUAAUCCUAGAGAUACUUUUCAGAUUGUGUUCGAAGAAACUGAUGUCCUGAUUUCAUUAGAUGUAAUUGAGAUGUGGUGAAUUUGAUUGAAAAUAUUCAGGAUGCCUUCAUAUUUUGUGAUACCAAAACAACAUCUCCAUUUCAUUGGAUGAGACUGACAUGUCCGUGUUACACUGAAAUUACAGGAAGGUGUCCUGAUUGGAUGAAUAUGAGUCGAUUUUGAAACUUUGUCAGACGUUUGUUGGAAUCUUUUGUAGGGAUAACAAUAAUACACUUGACUGGUUAUGGGCGUCAUUUCCGAGUAUGAUGGAAUAUGUCGCCAUCUGAAGCACUGCAGUUUAUUUUUGAUGGAGUAUGAUGUGUAAUGAGACUGGUAGUUUGUCAGGUCUGUCUGUAGUGCUGCUAGUGGUAUGGACGUGAGAAUAACUUGUGUCCGAUUCUAUGUCACAAAUGUUCAAGUCUGUGUUGAUAUCAAUGAACAGUCUGGUCUUUCACGCUCUGUUUCCUCAUGCCCUACGGCAGGGAUUGUUGCUCAUACAGACAUGCUAAUUAAUCUUCAUAGUGAAGCAAAACUUUCCUAGCUGAGAGCUAUUUCCCUCUGAUGGUCAACUACUAAUGUGUUAUAUAUGUUUCUACAGUUUUUUACAAUUGUGAAUUGGGCAAUGACAAGCCCCUAAAAAUGCCUUCAAUCUGACAUAAUCUGAUAGUCUGUACCAACCCUGUGCUGGUGGCUUGUCAUAGGAGUACCUUAAGUCUACUUGGACACAAGUUAUGUACACUCCACACAAGUCGAGGAUAGAUUUACUCUUGCAAAAUGAAAUACUCUGGUGUUCGUUAAUUUCUGUUGGGUACGGUAGUUUAUGAGAAAACACUUUCUGUUAUUACAUUGUUCAUGCUAUGUACAUUGUAGAUACUGAAGACAGUUAAAUAAACUAUGACUAUUGA